AUGAACUCUCUGUCUAAGAUCGUGAUCCUUAUGGCUGCUUCAACGGUCACUGCCAUCCCCUCUGGUGGCGGAACAUCUCAAUGCACCACUGAGCAGGCCAACAAAUGUUGCACCGGCCUUACGGAUGGUAUCUUGAACAUAGAAAUCCUCCCUGCGCUGUGCCUUCCAUUGGUUGGGAGCUGCAACAACCAGGCAGCGUGCUGUGAAACAAAUGGAGUGGGUCUUUUGAAUUGUCUCACCGUUCAGGUCUAA